AUGAGUGUGAACAUCCCAGGCAUUGUGGUGAUGGUGCUCUUCUACCUGCUGGUGCUGUGUACUGGCAUCUGGGCUUCGAGGAAGACCAAACAGAUGCCUAAGAACGGACAGGCAAAUCAGAUGGACAUCACACUGCUGGCAAAUAGAAGCAUUCAUCUGAUGGUGGGAGUCUUCACCAUGACAGGUACGUUCAUUGGAGGAGGCUUCAUUGUCGGACUGAGUGAGAUCAUUUACACUCCAGACCUGGGCCUGGCCUGGGCUGUCAUGCCAAUUACAAUCAGUUUGUCUUUUCUGAUCGGGGGACUUUUCUUUGCCAAAACAAUGAGAGACAAAAAGUAUGUGACAAUGAUGGACCCAUUCCGAGAAAAAUAUGGAACAGUAAUCAGUGGAGUUUUGUCCGUGGCACUGAUCAUGGCUGAUGUAGUCUGGGUGCCAGGAACUCUCACUGGCUUGGGUGCAUCAAUGAGCGUGAUCCUGGAUUUGUCAUACACACAUUGUAUUUGGAUUUCGGCUGCAGUGGCCAUCAUCUACACACUGCUGGGAGGACUCAUUUCUGUAGCCUACACAGACAUCGUUCAGCUGACGAUAAUGUUCUUUGGUCUGUGGAUCUGCGUCCCUUUCCUGCUGAGGAACCCCUACUCGGCAGACAUCACUACGACUGCUUUAAACUUCACCUACCAGGCUCCCUGGGUUAGUUCUGUUGACUCAGACAGAAUGUGGAGGUGGAUUGAUCAAACUUUAUUGUUGAUUUUGGGAAACUUGGCCUGUCAAGACUACCACCAGAGGAUCCUGUCAGCCUCUUCCUCAGCCACGGCCAGGAUGGUCGGCUUCAUUGCCGCUCCCAUUGUCAUCAUCUUUGCAAUCCCAGCUGUCUUGAUUGGAGCAGUUGCAGCAUCGACAGACUGGAAUAAGACGGGAUAUGGCUCCCCAUCUCCAUUUGAACGCGGAGAGACCAGUCUGAUCAUGCCCAUUGCUUUGCAGCACCUCACCCCAAAUUACAUAUCCAUUAUUGGUAUUUCUGCAACAACUGCUGCAGUGAUGUCAUCAAUUGACUCACUUCUAUUGUCAGCAGUCUCUCUCUUUGUGACCAACAUUUAUAAGAGUAUCUUAAGGAUGAAGGCAUCAGAUCAUGAAAUAAAGUGGGUGAUCAGGAUUACUGUGCUGUUGACCGGCCUCACCGGCACAUCCCUCACCUACCUCGAGAUCAGUAUUAUGUCAUCCUGGGUCCUCGGCUCCACCAUUACCUAUGUCUUUAUGUUCCCUCAACUCAUUUGCGUCCUCUUCUUUGACAUCUCCAAUGGCUAUGGCGCAGUGAUUGGCCUCUUUAUCGGGGUGGUGUUGCGACUACUGAGUGGCGAACCAUCGUUGGGGUUGCCAGUUAGCCUCCACUUCCCAGGGUGCGCAUUUGAAAAUGGAGUGUACAUACAGCAUGCACCUGUUAGUACUAUAUGCAUGCUGUGCAAUUUUAUCUCCACUUUGUUGGUGUCCUACUUGGGUUCACUACUGUUCAAUAAAGGACUGAUUCCGGAGAGAUUUGACAUAUGUAAGGUGAAAACUCGACAGGCACGAAAGAUUCUCAGGUUAGCAAGCAGUGAAGCUGUCGAAACAGACAAGGACCUGACACCUGGACCUCAGAGUGAAAAUGAAAUCAUGUUGGAGGAAUCAUGUAAUAAUGUAACAAAUCAACUAGAUUAA